AUGGCACCCUUGGAUGAGGGUCGCUCGUGCAUGCCCAUAGGGUAUAACUACACCAGCACCUGUACGCAAGGCGCUUACCCUACGUACGUCGUCAACGUAUCCACUGUUGCUCAGAUUCAGUUGGCUGUAAACUUUGCUCGGAACCAGAACCUUCGUUUGAUUGUCAAGAACACCGGUCACGAUUUUAACGGCAAGCCAUCAGGAAAAGGAGGUCUGUCAAUUUGGACGCACCGACUCAAAGACAAGGCCUUCUACCCAUCCUUCACGUCUGACGGUGGUUAUGUUGGACCUGCUAUAAAGCUUGGGGCUGGCGUUCAAGUUUCGGAGGCGUACGACUUCGGAAAAGCGUUGAAUGUGACCGUCAUCGGAGGCGGCUGCCUCUCUGUUGGAGUUGCUGGUGGCUUCACACUUGGUGGAGGCCACUCACCAUUGAGCAGCAUGUAUGGUAUGGCGGCAGAUCAAGUUUUGGCUCUGGAAGGUUGUUUUCCCCCUAUGACUCAACAUAUCAUCAUCGGUGACAGCUCACUGAUCAACUUACAGUUGUCUUGGCGGACGGUCGCUUUAUCACUGCAACUCCCAAGCAGAACUCAGACGUCUUCUGGAUGCUUCUCGGUGGUGGAGGCAGCACAAUUGGCGUGGUAA